CUCUGCUGUAACUCUCUAGUCUCUCUCUAGUCUCUCUAGUCUCUCUGUCCACUCGUUGCCUCUGACUGUCUGUUAGUUGCUUCAGAACGCUGACAGCAACUUUAAAAUGAGCAACCAGCUCUGAGACGCUGCUGGAUCCAGACUGAAGCUUUUAGACUCCAACUACUUUAAUUUUCCCAGAGUUUUUGCGUCUGUGUUGCUCUCAUUAACUCCUACGGUUGGAGUAGAACUCUAUUGUUGUCUAAUAGUUGUGUUCCUGCUCAGGAUGUUAUCUCUGUGUGUUUUCCUGUAGUCGUGGAACAGACUGUGUCAGAGCUCCAUGUGAACUCUUUCUACUGUUACUCCUGCUUGUUUUUCCUCUCGUGGAUUUAUUUUCUCUCCCUGGAUGUGAAACUCUGAGACAUAAUGCUGCUGCUGCUGAUGGUGAUGAUGGUGAUGAAGAUGAUCUGCCUGCAAACUUCACUGCAGGAACAGACUCCUCCUCCUGCUCCUCCUGGUCGCUGUGAUAUCUCUCAGAGGGUUGAUGUCUACACCUCCUGCACCUCCUGUGCUGCUGCCUCCUCCAGCAACUGUCCCCGAGGCUUCAGCAACCGGGCAACCAGCAACUGCAGUUAUGUGGUGGAGAUCGGAGGGCGGGAGGUGGAGCUGGAUGGAUGUCAUCAUCUCUGUGUUAAAGGAUUCAUGCAGCCACGAUGCUGUCCAGAACACUGGGGAACCCUCUGUCUGGCGUGUCCCAGCUGGUCUGGGAGGACCUGUAACUUCCAUGGGACGUGUCUGGACGGAGACCUGGGCAACGGGACCUGCGUCUGUGACGACGGCUUCUCCGGCUUUGCCUGUCACGAGUGUAAGAAUGAAAACUUCUACGGAGAAAAAUGCGAUAAAGAGUGUGACUGUGUGCAUGGAGUGUGUAAUAAAGGUCCAGAAGGUGAUGGACAGUGUUUGUGUCAGCCUCCGUACGUUGGGAAACGCUGUGACCAAGUGAGUUCCAGGUGUAAUAAGUGCGUUCCCUACUCGUACUGUAGAGGAGACGGAGACGCUGCUGACUGUGAAUGUUUACCUGGAUACCGGAGGACGGCUCAGGGGAAAUGCGGAAGUGUUUGCUCAGCGAGAGACUGUGACAUCAACGCCCAGUGCUCCUCUCUGGGGUCAAAGGUCAGCUGCGCCUGCAAGCCGGACUACCUGGGCGACGGCAGGGUCUGUGUACCCAGAAACCCUUGCUCCGAGAACAACGGAGGGUGUCCCAGCAACUCCACCAUCUGUGUCUUCAAAGGGCCCAACAAGUCCAGCUGUGAGUGUAUGUUCGGCAUGGCCCCAGUCGGAGGAAACGCUGAGUUUGGUUGUCAGCUGGUUUCUGCCUGCACAGUGGACACAUGUGGCCCCACAGCUGUCUGUCAGACUGAAGUAGACGGACAACCCAGGUGUGUGUGUGAUGCGGGACAGAUUGGUGAUGGACGCCGUUGCUAUGGUAACCUGAUGGAGCGCCUGAUAGAGCUGGACCGGAGCGGAAACCAGAGAGAAAAUCUGACCGGAGCGGUCGCCAUGUUUGAGAAAGGCUGUUUCCUGCUGCUGAGUCAUAACGGACCUUUCACAGCUUUCAUCCCCCUGCUGAAGACUCCUCUAACUGGUGUUAAUGAGGAGCAGGUGUGUAAAAACCACCUGAUCCUUGGUCAGCACCUCUACAAGGACCUGGAGGGGCGGGACUUCAACCUGUACGGAGGAGCCACGUUCAGGAGCAAAGGCAACAAGAGGUUCAUCCUGAUGGACAACCCCAGCAGACUGUACAACAUCAUCCAGGAGGACCUGCCAGCAGCCAAUGGGAUCAUCCACAUCAUCGACUGGCCAAUCACAAACACUCUCUCUGAAAGGCCUUCUCGUGAUGAACGGUUUGCUGAUAAGACGAUCGGAGAAAUUCUGACUAAGGACGAAAAAUACAAUCGCUUCCUGUCUCUGGUUGAUAACUGUGGUUCGCCGCCUCCCUUACGGGGUCCGGGACCCCUGACUGUGUUCAUCCCCACCAACCAGGCAGUGGACAAAUCCAGAGACGGCAGCAUCUUAUACAUGCUGAGCGACGCGAGACAUAAACUCCAGGAACUCCUCAGAAACCAUGUUUUCUCUCAGGCUGUGCUGACGGUGGAUGAGUUGGCGGCUCUCCCUCAGAUCCAGACGAUGGCCAAUCAGAUCGUCUCCAUCAAGGUGUCGGAUGAUGGUCAGAUCCUGCUGGGAGAGAAGGGUCUCCAUCUGGUGACCACCAACAUCGUGGCGUCCAAUGGGAUCAUCCACAUGAUUGACGGGUUCCUGUACCCGCCCUCCAUCCUGCCCAUCCUGCCUCACCGCUGUGAUGUCAUCCAGAGCAAGAUCACCGUGGGUCCAUGUGUUCACUGCAGUUACCUCUUUGAGACAGAGUGUCCUGAAGGCUCCACUGAAAUGGACAGCCAUCAGAUCGGCUGUGAAUACGUCACGUCUCCCCUCAGACCGACGCUCAGUAAAGGCUGCGCCAAAUACUGCAACGCCACCACAAAGGUAGCAGAGUGUUGUACAGGUUUCUAUGGUGCUGACUGUAAACCCUGUAUUGGAGGUUUCCAGCAUCCCUGCUACGACAAAGGGAAGUGUUUUGACGGUAUCCAUGGCAACGGGUCGUGCAGCUGUCAGCCGGGCCUCAAGGGCGUCGCCUGCCACAUCUGUGAGGAUCCAACCAAGCAUGGAGAGAACUGUGAUGAAGAGUGUCGCUGCCUCCACGGAGCGUGUGAUAACCGUCCCAGCAGCGGUGGAGUGUGUCGUAGAGGAUCCUGUCUGGACGGAUUCUCUGGAGAAUUCUGUGACAAGACGGCCACGACCUGCAACUCUGACGGCCUGCAGGAGCACUGCCACAUCCACGCCUACUGCACCCAGACCGGACUCACCACCACGUGUUUGUGUCGGGAUGGAUACGAUGGUGACGGUCACUCCUGUUCUCCCAUCAACCCCUGUCUGAAGAGCACCAGGGGGGGCUGCGACAACAACGCGGAGUGUGUGUACGUGGGUCCAGGUAACGCGUCAUGUGUGUGUAUGGAGGGCUGGACAGGUGAGGGCAGAGUGUGUGUGGAGAUCAAUAACUGUCAGCUGGAGAGUCGAGGAGGCUGCAGCACCAACGCAGACUGUAACCACAUCGGACCUGGACAGAGUGAGUGUGUUUGUAAAAAAGGUUACAUGGGGAACGGCAUCGUGUGUGACCUCAUCAACCCCUGCCAGGUGAAGCACGGAGGCUGCCACGAACUGGCGAAGUGUGAGGUGUCUAAGGAGGGUGGAGCUCACACCUGUACCUGUCCAGACGGCUACGCUGGAGACGGAAACAUCUGCUACGGCACAUUACUGGACGAGCUGGACAUGAACACCAAGCUGUAUCUUUUCUACCGAAUGUUUCAGAAGUACAGUCACUUCUCUGAUGAGCUGAGUGGGAACCUCACAGUGUUGGUUCCCUCCAGAGAAGCUAUGAAGAACCUGAGUUCAUCUCAGGACCAGUUCUGGUCUGCAAGACACCACCUCUUUUACUUCCUACGGGCCCACAUCCUGCCGGGGGUCUACUCUGUAGAAGACCUGGACAGUCUGGUGGGCAGCAAGGUGCCCACCCUGUACCCCCGAACCUCCUGGCAGGUCAGCAACAGCAGCCAGGGGAUCCUCAUUGGGAACGCCUCCAUCGUCUCCCACAACCUGCCUGCAAUCAACGGCUACAUCCACAUCAUAGACAAGGUCCUGGCUCCAGCCCUCUCAGACCUCCCCCCUGAGCCCCCCACCCUCAUGGACUUCCUGAACUCCUCCUCCAACUUCACCCUGUUCAGACAGUAUGCUGUGAUGUACAACCUGUCAGAGGAUCUGAGUGUGUUUGAUUUCACUCUGCUGCUGCCGACAGACGAAGCCAUCAGGCAGCACCUCAGCAGGACCAACACCUCCCUCCUGGACUCUGAUGUGUUCAAGUACCAUGUGAUUCUCAAAGAGCUGCUCUUCCCUGACCACCUGUCUGACGGCACGUUGAAAGGCACUCUGCUGGGCAGCGACUACCAGGUCCUCUUCCACUUAGACGACCACAACCAGACGGCGGUGAACGAAGUUCCUCUGGACGGAAGUUUCAUCGAGACGCAGAACGGAGUCAUCAUGUUCCUCCAUCAGGUCCUCAAAGUUCAUAGAAACAGAUGCAGCCAAGAGAUCAGCCUGCAGGUCAACGGAAGGUGUGCAGCCUGUGAUGGACCACCUCGAUGUCUAUUCAGCUACAAACCAAUCAAAAAGCAGUUUCCGGUCAACAUGCGACCCAACUGUAAAUACAGGAAGCGGAUCGGAACGAGGAGGAAGUCGGUGCCAGGCUGCGUCAUCAAAUGUCUUCGGAUAACUACGGAUCACUCCUGUUGCCCCGGUUACUACGGCCAUGAGUGCUUCAAAUGCCCCGGAGACAUCGGCAGCUGGUGCUCCAACCACGGAGAGUGUCAGGACGGUAACCAGGGCAACGGGGAGUGCCGCUGCUUCGAGGGUUUCCACGGUACCGCCUGUGAAGACUGUGAGCCUGGAAGAUACGGGGUUAACUGCUCCUCUAAGUGUGUAUGUGACCACGGGAAGUGUGAGGAUGGCCUGGCAGGAAGUGGCAGGUGUGUGUGUUAUAAAGGCUGGAAAGGAGCUUCAUGCUCUGCAGAGAUAAAAAACGACGCCUGUGGAGGUGUGUGUGACGAGAACGCCAACUGUAUAACAGGACCUCAGGGGACAGCUCCAGCCUGUGUGUGUGUAGCUGGAUAUAAAGGCAAUGGGACCUACUGCAAAGAGCUGGAUCUGUGCAGCAUGUCUAACGGAGGAUGUUCAGAAUUCGCCUCCUGCAUGAAAGUGUCAGCAGGAGAGAGAACCUGCACCUGUAAGGAGGGCUACACCGGAGACGGGGUGGUCUGCCUGGAGAUGGACGGCUGUCUGGUCAAUAACGGAGGCUGCAGCAAGUCGGCAGAUUGCAUCAGAGCAGGUCCCAACAUUACGUCCUGUUCCUGUCGGUUUGGUUUUAAAGGCUCGGGGAGGUUCUGUUACCCUCUCAACCCCUGCAGGACCAACAAUGGCGGCUGCAGCGCGCACGCUCGCUGUGAGUACCUGGGCCAGGGCCAGAGGAACUGCACCUGCAUCAGAGGACACGUGGGGGACGGCAUCGACUGCCGCGGAAACACAAACUCUGAGGUGUAUCGAGCAGCAGAGAACGACUUCUUCCGCCGACUUUUAUCUCGGUCCGGGGCCCGGGGUCUCUAUGGUGACGGACCCUUCACCGUCUUUGUCCCCGUGGUGGAAAACAACAACGCCUCCUCUUUCGAGGAGUGGGAGGCGUUAGGUCGUCUUCCUGAUCUCGCUCGUUAUCACGUCGUUUCCUGUGAGACUUUGACGUUCAGUGAUCUCAAAACCACGAAGCUCGCCGUCUCAACGUCUGGACACACACUAACCUUCAGCCUGCAGGAGGGUGUGGUGUGGAUCAACAACAGCUCGCGGGUCCUGAGGAGUGAUUACACCACGUCUAAUGGGAUCAUCCACCACAUUGACACCAUGUUGACCCCCUACAGUCUGCAGGAUAAGACCAGGAUCCAGCCUGAGCUGAUUAAUUUCACGUCAGCAGCAGAAGUUUACGGCUUCAGACGCUUCUACAAACUUCUGGAGGACGCCGGGCUGAUCCCUGUGCUGCAGAUGUCCAUCCACCAGCCCUUCACCAUCUUCUGGCCCACAGACGAAGCCCUCAAGUCGCUGCCAGCUGACAGGCAGCACUGGCUGUCCAGCCCCGAACACCAGGACCAGGUGGCUGCCGUGGUGAAGGCUCACAUCAUCCGAGGCUCAAAGGUGGUGGGUGUUGGUAUUCCCAGUAGAUACUCGACGUACCGCACCAUGCAUGGAUCCACCAUCAAGUUCAGCUGUGACAAGACACUGGUGGGGGCCGUGUGGAUUAAUGAGAAUGGAGCCAAGGUGGUGGAUCGCUUCCUCAGCUUCAAAGAGGGAAUAGGCUACGGCAUCGACCGGCUGCUGGAGCCUCCUGGCCUCGGAGCGCUCUGCGACAGCCUGGAGAACAAAACCACUUACGGUCGCUGUGGAGGCUGCAACUUCCCUCCAAACUGUCCGUUCAGACACAAAGACACGGGGAAUAAGGAGCGUUGUUUCAACGUCAGACCGCCCCGGUAUGGCCGCUACCCCUCCUGGUACAGUGACUUCGAUGAUCCUUUCAGCCGGAUGGGCUGUAAGAGAGUCUGUCAGUAUGCUUCCUGGGUCCAAAAGUGCUGCAAAAACCACUACAGCCGAGACUGCCAAGUUUGUCCAGGUGGCCUGGAGACCCCUUGUGGUAACCAUGGUAACUGCAGCGAUGGUAUGCAGGGUUCGGGACAGUGUAAGUGCCACCAAGGUUUCAGAGGAAAGGCCUGUGAACUGUGUAACUACCAGCACUACGGGCCCAACUGCACAGCCUGUAGCUGUGGUCGGCAGGGUCGCUGUGAUGACGGCAUCGAGGGCUCUGGUCGGUGCGUCUGUAACGCCGGCUGGAAGGGAGAUAACUGCCAGAUCGAUAUAGGCUCAAUCCCAGAGGAGUGCCGGGAGUGCCACGCCCAGGCCGACUGUGUUCCCGGCGUCGGCUGUCAGUGUCAGUCUGGGUUUGAGGGUAACGGGACCUUCUGCAGUCCAGAGCCACCUCCAGACCUCUGCUCCGAGUACAACGGGGGCUGCCACCAGAACGCAGACUGCAACCAGACCGGACUGCUGGUCAACUGCUCCUGUCACAGCGACUACCAGGGGGACGGAUACUCCUGCGAGCCCAUCAACAGGUGUAUUGAAGAGCAGAACGGAGGCUGCAGUGACUUUGCCUCCUGCAAGUUUACUGGUCCAAACGAGCGUCAGUGCGAGUGCCUGCCGGGGUACGUGGGUAAUGGAGUCCAGUGUCUGGAGAAAGUGGUGCCCCCUGUUGACCGCUGCCUGGAAGACAAUGGAGGCUGUGACCCUGUAGCCACCUGCAAGGACCUGCAUUACCAUGCCAACACAGCCGGAGUGUUCCACCUGCGUUCUCCAGACGGGAAGUACAAGAUGAACUUCAGUCAGGCGGACGCCGCCUGCCAGGCCGAGGGCGCCACGCUGGCCAACCUAAAACAGCUGGGAGACGCUCAGCAGCUGGGGAUGCACCUGUGCGUGGCUGGUUGGAUGGAUGGAGGGCAGGUGGGCUAUCCGACCCGUUUCCCCUCGGUGAGAUGUGGAGACUACCACGUGGGUGUUGUUAUCUACAAAGAACCAGUGGAGCAGAGCAGCAAGUACGACGCCUACUGCUACAGGCUCACAGAUGUUUCCUGUGUGUGUCCCUCUGGUUACGUUGGAGACGGAGGCUUCUGUAACAGCGUGUUGACCAGCGUCCUGGCUUCAUACACCAACUUCUCCAUCUUCUACAAGAUGUUGUUGGACUACAGCGGUUCGUCCUCUGAAGGGAAACAGCUGGUUGACUUUCUGUCUCACCAGAAGUCAGAGGUCACGCUGUUCGUCCCUCAUAACGCCGGCUUCGCCCCGAACCAGACUCUGUCUGGUCGAGAUCUUGAGUAUCACGCCUCGUCCAAUCACAACAGACGACCAUUCAAAGAUCUGAAACAUCAGGAAGUCAUCGUCUCCAGGCUGGGCUUCAACCUGACUGUUACCCACGGCAACAACCAGAGCCUGAAGCUGGUGAACCGGCGGCAGCUGCUGCAGUGGGACAUUCCUGCCGUUAACGGGAUCAUCCACGUCAUCGAGGCCCCGCUGACGGCCCCCCCCGCCCCGAUUUCCCAUCAUGCAUCACGAAGCCAUCGCCACUCCAGCGGCACGGUGUCGGCCAUCUUGGUGGCGGUGGUGCUGGCGUGUGUGUUGGCUGCUCUCGGCUACUACGUCUUCAAACACAAGACGGACGCCUUCCGCUUCCACUACUUCAGGAAUGAUGAUGAGGAUGCUGCAGCAGGCGGGAGGAAGAAGCCCACGCUGGUCUCCAUCCCAAACCCGCUCUACAGCGGCUCCAGAGCCUUCAGUGAACCAUUCGGGGAACCUGGUCAGGAGCUGGAACCAACAGAACCUGAAGAACCUCCACAGAUCCUGGACCUGGACCAGUAGAAUCAGCAACACUGGACCUACAAUAACCUGCUGGCUUUGACAUGAUUCAGAUUCUUCUCACAUAAUCUGUAUCUAAAUAAAAAAUAAAAGAUGUCUGUUUACAAAA